GUUUUUCUUCUUUCUAGUAUAUAAAGAAGGGUUUAAACCUCUUUUCUCUCUUUUUUUUUUUUUCAGUAUUACUUUUCAAUCCCUUUCUUUAAUCUUCUGUAUUUAGUUCAUUGCUUCUAUAUCAUAUAAUCACACAUGAGACCUCUUAAUGACAUUUUUGGUUGUAAUAAAGGCUCUGCGCCAAACUUACUUGCAGAUUCUAAAGCUGCACUUGGCGAGUUUGUUGGCAUGGUUAUUUUUAUAUUCUUGGCCUUGUCCGGUGUACAAGCGUGUCUCGAAGCUCCUACUUCUGACCCUGUCGGUUUUGGUCCCUCUGCUACUCAAAUUCAAAGUAUCGCCUUCAGUUUUUCAUCCGGUAUUAUCGUUGCCCUAUUUGUUUGUGGAUCUACCUCUGGGGGUGUCUUAAAUCCUGCUGUAUUAUUAAGUUUAUUGCUCACUGGAAAUAUCAAUUGGCUUCGUGGUAUUUUGUUCUUUAUUGCCGAGCUUGUGGGUGGCAUUGUCGGUGCCUACUUUUCUAGUUUUGUAUCGGCUCAACCACUGCACGGUGUCAAUUCAGUAAAUCCUGGGUUCACCCAUGGCCAGGUCUUCUUUGCAGAGGCGCUUUUAACAUGCUCACUUUGCUUGACUGUUCUGUUUAUUAUUGUGGACAAGCAUCUGCUGGCUGAUUUUGCGCCUCUUGUUGUGGGUACUGCUAUCUUCAUCUGCCACAUGAUUGGUUCUCCUAUUGAUGGUACAUCUGUAAACCCUGCUCGGUCCAUGGCCGCAGCUGUAGUAACAAACAAGUGGUCUAGUCAUUGGAUCUUUUGGAUUGGUCCUUUGGUCGGUGGUAUAUUUGCCGUCAUUAUCUACUUGACUUGUAAGGUCUUAACUGAAGAAUCUCAAGAAGACGAAUUAAUUCAGAAUGCCCAAGAAAAUCCCUUGGAUAAUAAGUACAAUGACAAGGGUCAGAAGUCAGACAAGAUAUCCAUCACAGUUGUCUAAAUUCCUAUCUACUGAUUAUCAACUUAAUUCCUUCAUAUCUCUUAAUACUCUUCCUCUCUCUAUCUCUUUGAUAAAUGACCAGAUAGUGUACAUACAUACCAAUAAAGGUGUUUAGAUGACAUACCACUUGU